AUGGAAGUCCGCGCAGUUCACCCACUGGACCACGUUCCGGAAUUACCAAUCCCCAUAUCAUUGGUUGCUGGACGCUAUCUACUCUUCGACAUUGACGCGGCAAUCUAUCUCCGUAGGGCGCACAAUAUCUGUGGCUACAACAUUGGUUCCUUGCCCAUGGUCCCUUCACAGAACUCAUUUCUUGGGCUGCCAAUCAUUCUCAUGCCUGAGGAAGCGCAACUGCUCGUGGACGAAGGUAUUGGCUAUGUGCUUGACGAUGCCGGAGCCCAUGACCGAGCAGUCUAUAGGCGAGAUCAAGCAAGAGUCAAAGCUUACCGAGCAGGUGCUCAGCGACACGCCGACGCCAUUCGCGAUGCAAUGGUCAAGGAUCAAGCCGAGAAGAAGCAGAGAGCAUUGGGGAAGCAGUCACGCAAGGCCACCCCGAGGCUUCCAGAGACGGGUAGCGAUCUCCUGGAUUUAGACGAUGCAGAAAAUGCGCUGGAGGUGGCUACACCGGCACAAUCGUUGUCGAAUGGUUAUUUCAUAACACCAACCACGUCAACAACCCUACUCCCACUGAAUCCGCCCAGCUCUUCCGAGCUCGGUGUGCCCAUACCCAACGUCUCGUCCACGUAUCCUCUCUUCCGCCAUCUUCACAAGCGAGGGUUCUUCAUGACGCCAGGCCUCCGCUUCGGCUGCCAGUAUACCACCUACCCCGGCGAUCCACUGCGGUUCCACUCGCACUUCCUCACCACCGAUUUCGGAUGGAAUGACGGAAUGAACCUGAUGGACAUCGUCGGAGGCGGCAGACUGGGCACUGGCGUCAAGAAGGGCUUCCUGAUCGGCGGGCACGAGGGCGGUGCAGUAUUGGAUGGAGAAGAACCAAGCGAUGAGGAUAAGGUCAGGACUUUCAGCAUUGAAUGGGCAGUCAUGUAA